CCAGUACUCGCACAGUCUCUCCCACAGUUCCAUAAAGCACUCAUCUUUCCCUAUAAAACUCACUUCUCUCUCUUUUCACUUUCCCAACACAAAACAAAAAGAGAGAAAUUUCCAUUUUUUUGUACACCAUUUAGAGAGUAUUCCAGAGAAAAAAGAGAGAAAAUAAAACAAAAUGGAGGGGAAAGAAGAGGAUGUUAGACUAGGAGCAAACAAGUACUCAGAGAGACAACCACUAGGAACAUCAGCUCAAACCAAGGACUACAAAGAACCACCACCUGCACCUUUGUUUGAGCCAGGAGAGCUUCAAUCAUGGUCAUUUUGGAGGGCUGGAAUUGCUGAAUUUAUGGCCACAUUUUUGUUCCUUUAUAUCACUGUUUUAACUGUUAUGGGUGUUAAAAGAACACCCAAUAUGUGUGCUUCUGUUGGUAUUCAGGGUAUUGCUUGGGCUUUUGGUGGUAUGAUCUUUGCUCUUGUUUACUGCACUGCUGGUAUCUCAGGUAAAAAAAUUUAAACCUUCUUCUUUUUGCUAACCUUUGGUCUUAUUGGCAAGAAAUUGUCCUUAGACAAGGGCAGUCUUUUAACAUGAUUCAAUGCUAAGAGUCUUAUCUGUGGUGCUGGUGUGGUUAAGGGUUUCCAGCCAUCUUUGUAUGAGAUAAAUGGUGGUGGGGCCAAUGUGGUUAACCAUGGUUACAGUAAAGGUGAUGGUCUUGGUGCUGAGAUUGUGGGCACUUUUGUCCUUGUAUACACUGUGUUUUCUGCUACUGAUGCCAAGAGGAGUGCUAGGGACUCCCAUGUUCCUAUCUUGGCACCACUGCCUAUUGGAUUUGCUGUGUUCUUGGUUCACUUGGCUACAAUUCCCAUCACAGGUACCGGCAUCAACCCAGCCAGGAGUUUGGGUGCUGCCAUUAUCUUCAAUAGGGACCAAGCUUGGGAUCACCACUGGAUUUUCUGGGUUGGACCCUUCAUUGGAGCUGCACUGGCUGCAUUGUACCACCAGAUUGUGAUCAGGGCUAUUCCUUUCAAGUCCAGAGCUUGAAAUUCGAUGUUUGUUUCGAGUUUUAAUUGCCUGUUUCUGUUAUGCCUUUGUUUCACAGACUUUCUCUUAGUCUAUCUAUUAAUGAAGUCUGAAUGAUGGUACUGUGAAUAUGUAAAACUAAAUUUAUUUUGCUGAAUUGAUGGCAUCAGCUUCUUAAUUUCAAAAUCCUAUAUGAUUUCUGGGCGCGCUUCGUCGCUUUAUAACUUUA